GUGUUGUUGACCGUGGUGGUGGUGAGAACGUGAGUGUAGCUCCACAUUGACCAUCAUGAGACAGCUGCCCCAUGAGACCUCCGUUCCCCAGCUGCCGCCCAAGAUGAACGGGAGUAAGACCCCAUCAGCGCCUCCAGCAGACGAGAUCACCAAGGAGAUCCGUAAACUGAGCUUCGAUGACAAACCUUCCACCAAUAAGGACACCAAGCCACAGGACCAGCCCUCCGCCACCCUCCCCCUCCCUCAGGACUUCACCGUCAAGUACCUGGGAUGCCGUGAUGCUGGAGGCCUCUGGGGCAUCAAGCACACCAGGAAACCCGUAGACGAGAUGGUGGCGAAGGCGAAGGAGAUGAAGCCCGGGGAGACGCUGCCCUUCCUCAAGCUGACGGUGAGCGACAAGGGCGUCAACAUCUCCGAGAUGCCACAGAACGUCAACAAGGCGUUCGAGGGCGGCUUCUACAACAUUGACGUCAUCAGCUACGGGGUACAGGACCUGGUGUACACGCGGGUGUUCGCCAUGAUCGUUGUGAGGGAGGAGGCAGCCACCAGCCUCAAGACACACCACCCCUUCCAGUGUCACGCCUUCGUCUGCGACUCCCGCCACAACGCCCGUAAGCUCACCUUCGCCCUCGCCCAGGCCUUCCAGCAGUUCUCCAAGGAGGUGAAGGGCAACAAAUCCGUCAAGAGGCCCAAGAAGUUCGCCAUUGAUCUCCGCUCACCUGAGGAGAUCGAGGUUGACCUUAAGGAGGCCGACUCUGAGGCCUAGGAGAAGAAGGAGUAGGAGGUAAAGACUCAGCGAAGGAGAAAGUGAGAAGAUGGAUGAGAAGAAAGUGAGAGGAAAUGAGGAGGUGAAGAGAGGAAAGUGAAGUGAUGGUGAAUAUAACAGUGAAUAUUAUAGUGUAAACAAUGUGAAUGAAAUAGGACAAAAAUAAACAAUGAAUUAGUGACAAAAAUGAAUGAAAUAAUAAAAGAUAAUAAUAUGAUAAAUAAAAACGUAAAGAAAAAAAUAAAAUACCACAAAAAGAAAAAUAUAUAUUAUAAGGAUAUUUUUUAAGUGAUGCGAAGAUGAUAAUGACAACGACAAUAAUAAUAAUAAUGAUGAUAGACCAAUAAUAGUGAUAAAGUAAUAUGAACAAAUAAAGGAGUAGCUAGAAGAAAAAGGACGAAUAACAAUAAUAAUGAUGAUAAUAAUAAUAAAAGUAGUCACAGUAGAUCACUUUACACCCACCAUUAUACUAAAUAUGACAGACAUUCUUGAGUGAUUUGAGAGAGAGAGAGAGAGACCAUCCCCAUGAUAUUCACAACCCACUUUAUCCCGGGUCAUACACACACACACACACACGCGUACAUAGAACCAUACAUACAUACAUACAUACUGUUAAUAUAUAUUGCACAUACAUAGACUACUCAUAUACACAUAAGUACACACAUACUGUACAUACAUACAUACAUAUAUAGGCUACUCUUUCUCUCUCUCUCUCUCUCUCUCACACACACACACACACACUGUCUAUACCUGCCACCACCACACCUGUAAUUACGAGCACCAGUGUCGAGGUAGUGUCAGGUGACCAUUUAGUGCCAUCAUCAUCAUCACUCAUACCUCUACUACUACUACCACCACCAUCACCACCACUACCACCACCAUUUGCUGUAUCAACCACUAUCAACAACAAUCAGUGGUACCAUGAAUGACCCUUCCACGACUACUACUGAGAACCACUACCAUUAUGGCAUCUACCACUCCCCUUACUACCAUAAUUACUUCUCCAUGAUCCACCCUAAUCACAACCAUCAUCACCACACGAGACUGUUACCAUUACUACCAUGACCCCACACCAUGACCCCACACCAUGACCACGACAGCUACACAAGGACCCAACAGCAGAGGUCUUCAGGAGAGGGGUGUCGCUGUUAGUGUCUUCAAGAGGUCCCCAAUUAACCAGACUAAAGGUGGUGUAGAAGCUGAUCAAGCUGCCUUCCCCCCACUUCCUUCCUCUCUGAAGCUUGGGUCGUAUAAUCCAAGCUGGCGUGAGGGAGGAGGAAGAAGUAGUGGGAGGAA